ACUUUUUAUAUAUCAUGAAGCAAGGCUGUCUCAUCAGCAUUUUCCCUCUCACAAAAUCUUCCUGGGCUGCACGGCCUUUUGUCCCUCCAUCAUUCGAUAGUCACUACUUCUGUUUCUAAACAACACCCUACUCUCUCAUCCAUACCAUUUAAAUUUGUAUAGGACGGCUAAAACUAAGUCACGAUGAGCGCACCACAGCAGUUGUCUCUGCUCUCGUUGGACGGUGGUGGGAUUCGUGGGCUUUCCAUGCUCUUCAUUAUAGAAGAAAUCAUGAAUAGAAUCAAUCCAGACUCUCCACCAAAGCCAUGCGAAUACUUUGACAUGAUCGGAGGGACAAGCACCGGAGGGUAAGCCCAAAUAUUCUCCCUUGGAGACAUAAGGCUGACUAAGAAGGCUAAUUGCAAUUAUGUUGGGCCGCCUUGAGAUGUCUGUGCAAGAAUGUAAGGAAGCAUACACGGAGAUGAUGGGGAAAAUUUUUCUCAAAAAACACUCCCGCAUUUCCCUUACGAAACGAAAAGUCCGAGGACAGUUUGAUACUAUAGUACUUGAGGAAGCUAUCAAGGCGGUUAUCAAGGAUCGCGGAAUACCUGUAGAUUCCCUUCUCUUUUGGCCGCAAGGGAAGUGUAAGAUGUAAGUAAAGUAGAGCUGGCUCUAGUUAUUUGAUUGUGCUAACAACUUUGAUACUAGAUUUGUCACCAGCACUACGAGAGAGGGUCGUGGCACUCGACGUCUUGCAAGCUAUCAAUCCCGAGGAGCUGGAGACCUCAUCAAAUACACCAAAAUUUGGGAGGCUGCCCGGGCAACAUCUGCAGCACCAUCGUUCUUUGAUCCUGUAGUGAUUGGACCAUAUGGCGAAAAGUUUUUGGACGGCGGAACUGGAGCGAAUAACCCCGUCGUUGAAUUGUGGAACGAAGCAAAGGACAUCUGGUCAUCAGUUACUUUGGAAGCACAACUAAGGUGUCUCAUAUCGAUUGGGACUGGCGUGCCAAAGGCUGAGGCAUUCGGAGAGCAUCCGGCUGAAAUCUUCCGCACUAUUUUGGCCAUAGCUACAGAUACGGAGAAAACGGCCCAAGACUUCCACAGACGCCACAAUGAUCUUGACAAGGACAAUAUCUACUACCGCUUCAACGUCCAGCGGGGGCUAGAAACUGUAGGCUUGAAUGAAACUAAAAAGUUGGCCAUUAUUGCGUCAGCAACUCGCUCUUACAUGGCUCAGCAAGAUGUUCAGAAUCAACUACGCAUCUGUGAAGAACGUCUACAGGAAAGAAUUGGUUCGUCAGCUUAAUUUACUGUCUCUCGAAUUUAUCUCCAUAGAUCAUAGUUCUUUAAAUCCAAAUUAUUGUACCAAUUUUAGGAACUGUGCCCCUUCAGGUGCCAUCACUAACUGUAUUCUUGAGCUAGCGGGCUCGGUGUCUCCACUUCCGAAAAGAACCGAGAAAGGUAAGCGCUACAAUUGCUAGUCCUGUCAAAAUGUUUUCUGGGACUGACAUUUUACAGAUUGCUUGAGAACUUUGUUUUUCGAGUACGGGGCACGACAGGACGCCAUUGAACUUCCAGACUCUGUGGGGGAAGGAAGGUUAGAGUGGAUAUUACACGACCCAAACUUCCAACAAUGGGAGGCAAGGGAAAAUCUUCCGCGUCAUCAAGGUGUCUUUUCCAUAGAAGGGCAUCCAGGUUCAGGAAAGUCAACAAUGAUGAAGUAUUUGGUCACUCGAUUUACCUCUCCCGAGUUCAAGGAGGAGUCUGGGAGAGACGAGAUUGUCCUUGCCUUUUACUUCAACGCAAGAAGCGGCAAUGACUUGGAGAAAAAUACUUUAGGACUGUUUCAGUCUUUGCUGCACCAGCUUCUUUUGGAGACACCGCCAGUUCCUGAACGCAUUUUCAAGACUUUUACGCAAAGGAACGAAACUGGAGGUGAUUGGACUUGGAAGCAGAACGAGAUUGUGGAAUACUUUCUCCAAGCCCUUGAGCGCGAGCAUCUCAAGCCUGUUACUAUUUUCAUCGAUGCCCUUGAUGAAUGUGGUAUAGACGGAACGACCCAGGAGGCAUUGAGGAUUAUUGAAAUUUUCCAAACUGCAGUCACUACUGCUAAGAAAAAUGGCAGGAUCUUGAACUUGUGUGUUUCCAGUCGUCACUACCCAAACAUCCGUUUCCAGCAUUGCAGCGGAGUCAACGUAGAGGAAAACAACAAGCAAGAUAUUGGUGCCUUCAUUGAAAGCAAACUUCCCUCUGCGACUAAGCUCUCAUGUGAAUACUCAGAGAGACAAGCAUUGAAAUCGGAUCUCGUGGAGAAAGCAGGUGGCAUUUUCCUUUGGGUAAAACUCGUGAUGGCAAAAUUGAAAAACAUGUAUGCUGGAGGGGAGUCAAUUAGUAGCUUGCGCGAAGAGCUCAAGAGAGUCCCUUCCGACUUACACCAAUUGUAUAAGCAGCUAGUCGAGAGUUGUCAAGGGGAUAAAGGCCGUGGUGAGAUGUUGCAGAUUUUGCAAUGGGCUCUCUUUUCGCAGACGCAACUUACUGCCGGCGAACUACGCCACGCAAUGGCACUUGCAUGCACAGCUACAUCCGUAAGCCCUGCCAAAGAACUGGUCCAAACGUGGCAAAAUGAGACGAAGCAUCUCACAACAAACGAGAGGUUUGCAGACAUGGUGCGAACUCGCACUAAAGGCCUGGUCGAAGUGAUCGACGAACCACUCAAUUCUGGGUCAAUUGAUAGCCAUAGCUCCCGAUGUCGGUCGACGAGCAUGACGCCUGAGUCGAUUACAUUCGAUUAUGAUUCUGAGUCCAGUUUGGAGAACGAUUGGCCGAGAGUACUCCAACAGCCCCACCAUGGCACGCCAGAGGCUUCUGUACACGGUGGGCUUCGACUUGGCGCACGUAGAGAGCUGCAAAGCUCUUUUUGGAGACAGCGCAUACAAGUCAUUCACGAGUCGGUUCGAAAUUUUUUCGUCAAAGAAUCAGGUCUACUUCUCUUGGACCCAGGCUUGGACUCACAGCUAAUCGGACUUAGCCAUAAUCAACUUUUGGAUGACAGUCUGAAAUACCUCACCUUAUACCAAAUAGGAGAGUCAAUUUCUAGUCCCGUAGCCUCUGAGGAUUUAGCAUCAAGCGUUGACCUCGAUGCCCUGUCUGUCACUUCUGAUGAGCUUCAGCCUCCAUUUGAGGAACCACCUAUACUUCUGAAGUACUCGGCAAAUUAUUUGUUUGUGCACGCUUGUGAGGCAGACCAACAUGGCGUCGCCCAAUUCAACCUCUUUGACAGACUGUACACAUCCGAUGAUGGCGCACUCUUAAAAUUGAUAAUUUCAUUGAACAAGAAGCAACCUCUGAGGCUUAAGCAAAAUUAUCCAUGGAAAACGAGUGCACCAAAUGUGGUAUUAGCUUUGGCAUCAUACUACAAGGUCGAGAGCUGCUUGGCCAAUCUUCUAGACCAGAAUGGUGGGAACAGCCGACAAGGAGCCGAUAUCAACGCUUUACUUGGCUGUGACGACCUAACUUUGGAGUCAAACGACCUAAUUUUUGGGGCUCACCUACCUUUGUGGUCUGACGCCUACACCCCUCUAAUGUUUGCAUGCAUAGCUAAUCACGAGAGCGUCGUCAAAUUCCUGCUAAGAGCAAAAGCCGACGUUAACAUCAAAAGUCCAAGAAUGGAGUACACAGCUCUCCAUCUUGCUGCUUUUUGGGGAAACAAAAACAUUUGUAGAAUGCUUCUUCGAUGUAAAGCAAAUGUUCAGGUAUUAGAUGUCAAAGAAAAAUCACCUCUCUUUUAUGCCUGUGGAAAUCAACGAUCCGAGGUGGUCAUACAAUUAAUCAAGAGUGGCGCAGCAGUCCAAUCAACAGAGGAACAGAAUGUCAUCCUUCGUUUUGUAUUUGGUCGUGAGUCUUACAAAAGUGAAUGGCCCAUAUUGACCAAGGUCUUCAACAAUAUUCUGGACGUAAAUUAUCAAGGUGUGGAUGAGGAAACACCCCUAAGUCUUGCUAUACAGACUGGAAAUGCAAACUUAGUGAGAUUGAUGCUGGAGCGUGGAGCAGAACUUUGGGCGGGCACGGGCUUCUGCAGCUCUCCGUUAUACACUGCGUGUCACAAUAACGCUUUGGCGUGGCUUGUAAAAAUCAUGAUGAACAACGAUUGGGGUGCAAAAUACAAUUGGGACAAGAAAGAUGUUGCCCAUGGUAAGACGAUUCUACAUUGGGCAGCAGAAUUUGACUUCAUUGAUCUUAUCCAAGAGCUUAUCGCAGCCAAGGCCAGUCCCCAUAUUCACGAUUUUUAUGGAGAGACUCCUUUGCAUUAUGCUGCAGAAACCGGUCAUUUUAAGGCAGUGAAGUUGUUGGUGGGCGCGGGAGCAAGCCUAACUGUCACUGAUUUCGAGUGCAGAAACUUUCGGACACCGCGAGACUGCGCGACACAAAAUGGUCAUUACACCAUCGUCGACUACCUCUCGAAACUCAUGGACAAUUUUCCUUCUUAGUUUUCCCAGAACUGUAUCUUUCUCUUCCUUGCCCUGAACAUGGACUAUAAGACCAAUUCCUAGAGCUUCAGUGGUCUUUCUAGAAGGAUAAUGAAAGAAUUACCGUUGCCAGCGCGUUGUCGAUGCUUACCUUGGUUAUCAAUUCGUUCCAGUAUUAUUGUGAGAUUUCCUAAUAAGUUAUUAAAUCACUUAAUAAUAUUAGCCGAACCAAUGAUCG